AGCAGUAACGUUACCUGGAUUCUUGAGUGCGCGCACACGGAUAGUUUCAACCACAAAAGUAGCGGGAGCAUCCACCGAAUUAUCCUAAAGAUUUUAUUUCUUAUCUCGCUCUUCAUUGAUUUUGCUUGUCCUGAUUAUUGUAAAUAUCCACAGAUGUUUCUGUAUGUUCUCCUGUGCUGUGUUGGGGUCGUGCACUGUUAUGGUAAUGGACGUGUCAGCUCAGUUUGUGGAUCUAUGAUGCCUAACCACGGGUCUAACGCUCAGACCAGCACUGCUCCGUUCACCGUCACUGCUGACAAAAUUACCUUUAAAGAGGGAGAUCAAAUCACAGUGGUACUAAACAGCCAAUCAGGAAAACAAUUUAAAGGGUUUAUGUUACAAGCACGUCAAGUCGGAUCAACUACUUCCAUCGGCACUUUUAAUGUGGUAGACAAUAUUGCGCAGCUCCUCUCCUGCGAUGGAGCGGCUAAUAGAGCAGUCUCUCAUACAUCAGACAGUUCAAAAAGUACAGUUCAAGCUAAAUGGACCGCGCCUACAUCUGGACAGAUCGGCAAUAUAGAAUUCAGAGCAACAUUUGUGGAAACGGCUAAUACUUUUUGGGUUGGUGUCACGAGUCCUACCGUGGCAUAUACAGGAACAGUAACUCCGGUUGUUCCAUCAAAUCCUGAUUGUGGGAAUACCAAAGUCUGCUACAGUCAGCCCAGCAACUGUGACCCAACUGCCAACGCAGGCUGCUACUUCAUGGCAGUUCAGAGAUCAUCUGACCAAUCAGAAAUGAGGAUUGAAAUGUUUGGGCAAGCUGAUGGAUACAUUGCCAUUGGGUUUUCAGAUGACCAGGCAAUGGGCAAUGACGACAUCUACAUCUGUGGUAAGGAUAGCAGCGGCAAGCUCCAAGUGCAACAUGCUAUUUCCACAGGAAAAACAGCUCCAACUAUUCUCUCACUGGGGAAUGUGACUGAUAUCAAGACAACGCUUAUGAAUGGAAAUACUAUCAAUUGUUCUUUUACUUCCCGUAACGCGAUUAGCACGAGUGUUAGAGCAUUGUCCACUAGCGAGUACUACCUCAUGAUUGCUUCCGGAUCCUCCAGUCAAGGUAACAUCCUGAUCCACGCAAAUAAAUAUGUCAGUAGCACAAAGGCUAAUUUACAGGAUCCAAGCCAGGUCGUUACAAGUGCUGAAGGAUUCCCAGCGAUCGUUAAAGCACACGGUUGCCUGAUGUUAAUCUCCUGGAUGACCACGGGCAGUAUUGGGAUGCUCAUAGCACGCUAUUUAAAGGGGGUUGCCAAGGAACACGGUUGCUUCGGUAAAGAUUUCUGGUUUAUGGCCCAUGUGUCUCUGAUGGUCCUGUCAGUCAUCGCCACAGCCAUCGCAUUCAUACUGGUGUUUUCUUAUGCCCAGGAUUGGAGUGGGGGGGCUCAUCCGGUCCUGGGUUGUUUGGUGAUGAUCCUCAGUCUUAUUCAGCCUAUAGUUGCUGCUUUCCGCUGUGAGCCGAAUCAUGAACAGAGGUUUGUUUUUAACUGGGCCCAUUCUUUCAUUGCUUUAGCUGUCAAAGGCCUUGCAGUUGCUGCGAUUUUCACUGGUCUGGCACUGUUUGAAGAAAAUGAGGAGGAUCAAUGGAUGUUAAAAGUUAUGGGGGGUUUUGUUGCCUGGGAGGCCCUGAUAUACAUUCUUCAAGAUCUGAACUUGCGUGGCAGGAAAAAUGAUUCUAAGAUUUGCAGUUUUGGAUCGAUGAGACCUGAAACAGUCCUGCUUCUCCUGUAUUUAUUGGGAAACCUGGCCUUCUUAAUAGCACUUCUUGUUGGAAUUGGAAGAACUUAAAUAACCCACAUUGUAUGGCCUUCAUCACUGGUUUUGAGGCCACUAUUUGGCUCUUGU